UAUUCUUACAGGUAUGUAACAAGAUGGUUCUGGUUCAUGUCGUAAAUUACGAUAUUUGGUAUUAAUGAUUUGCUUUAGCGUUUCGUUUUCUAGGAUUUUAAUUGUGUUUUGUUAUCGUCCAACCUCAAUCAUCGUCACUUAACAUAUUGAUUUGUAUUUAUUUAUCUAAAAACAAAACAUAUAUUGAUUUUGUAUGUAUUGCUUGUGUCAGAAGCUAAAGUUUGUCUUUCUUUUUGAUCAAACAGGCGAUGAGCUUCUCUCUGAUUCCUUUCCUUACAAGGAAAUCGAGAACGGCAUGUUAUGGGAAGUUGAAGGAAAGUGGGUUGUGAAAGGAGCUAUGGAUUUUGAUAUUGGUGCGAAUCCAUCGGCUGAAGAAGGCGGUGAAGAUGAAGGAGUAGAUGAUCAAGCUGUGAAGGUUGUUGACAUCAUAGAUACGUUUAGGCUUCAGGAGCAACCAUCGUUUGACAAGAAACAAUUUGUGAUGUUCAUGAAAAGAUACAUAAAGCAACUAAGCCCUAAGUUGGACUCGGAAAAGCAAGAGCUGUUUAAGAAACACAUUGAGAGUGCCACUAAGUUCUUGAUGUCAAAGCUCAAAGACUUCCAAUUCUUUGUGGGAGAGAGCAUGGAAGGAGAAGAAGGGAGCUUAGUGUUUGCUUACUACAGAGAAGGAGCCGCUGAUCCUACUUUCCUCUACUUAGCCUACGGCUUGAAGGAGAUCAAGUGCUGAAUGUGUUUCCUCUCUUUAUUUUCGAGGUUUUACUUUUUGUUAGUUGACGAUUUCUCGUGUCUUUUGGGUUAAUAAUCUUGAGAGAUAUUACCAUUUUUGAGUGAAGUUUUUGUUACUUUAUGCAAUUUCUUUAAACU